CAUCAGGGACUUUCGCGUCGUCAGCCUAAUGGUGCGCUGUCCUAGUCACUUCUCUUAAUUUGCUCGGCGUCUGCGUUUUUUCCCAUGCAGAGCCGGUUUCUCAUGAGCCGCCCUUGACUUCUCCCUUCACUCUUUGUUUCUUUCUACAGUUUCUCUUCUUCGCCACUCUCAUUUUCGAACCGCUGCUGGCCAGCUCGGCGGCUACACUCCCUUCCAUUAGACAUCUUUAAUAGAGCAGCUCCUACCUAAUAUCCUACGUAACCUUCACGAUGCUAUUCCAGAGCGCCCUGGUGGGCGGCCUUCUCCUCGCUGGCCACGCUUCCGCAAAGGUCAACGCCCUCCUCCGCCGCAGCGACGAUAUCGAAGAUGUACUACGACGAGACGCUGAUAUGAUGGCGACCCUCACUCGGCGACAAGACGCCAACGGCGCCGCAUCCGCACCUCAGAUCUCAACAACACCUCAGUCCGGCGAUGCGGCAACAGCUGAUCUGGCCAAGUGGGAGGAGCAGACCAAGGCGGCAUGCACAACCGCGCUGAUGUCGCUCAACGGGCAGGCAUCAAAUCCCAGCGGAAUCGCCGUUUGCUACAAUCUUCCCUUCCUCGACAACCAAACCGGUAUCUUCCAGGCCGAGCUCCGAAUGUACAACGUCUCCGCGCCCAUCGACCCUUGGGUUGGCAUCACAGCCGCCGACGUGAGCAUGGCGCUGUCCUACCUAGGCGCCACGGUACAGAACAUGAACGGCACGUUCCAGAAGAGGGAGAUGACUUGGCCGCCGGUGAAGGAGAGGGACAUUGAUGGCGUUCUCGUCGAGAGGCAAGACGCUGGUGCGCCAUCGGAGUUGAAGGUGCUUAUGUAUGUUGGGAAGAUCAACAGCAACCUGAUGGGCAGUGCUAUGACACAGGCCACCCUGCAACCCUUGCUCAUUCCUCAAAUCGAACUCAGCGCGAACAGCCCUUCUUCGGGCCAAGUAGUAACCACGACGCUCUCCUCCCAAGAGGCAUCCUUCGUCAAUGGUGUCUUCGCCCAGCAAGCAGCCUCCAUCACCGACGAUGGCGCCGCGGCAGCCUCCGCAUCCGCAGCUGUAGCAAGCGCUGCCCCGUUCAUCCUCCCCGGAACGAACCUCGCCUUCUUUCCCAUCGGUCUAGUCGUGACUUGCGCAUGGACGGCCGGUUUCCUUGCCGCCGUCGGUUUCGGCACUUUCGGCCGGAUACAGUUCCGCGAGCAGUAUCGGAGACGAGUGAAGCUCGAGCUGACCAGGGGUGUGCGCACGAUAUAAGCAAUGACGAUAUCCCAUUUCCUCUUUCGUACGGGUUGCAUCUGUUGUUGUUUUCUAGCGCGAGAUGAUUCUAUGGG